AUGGACGACGACUAUGGCGCGGAUGACGCACUCCUCGCGGCCAUGGCGGCCACAGAUCCAACACAACCUGCUCGCCGAACCGUUCAACAACCUGCUCCCCAGAAGAUCCAGCGACCAAUUCCAAUGCCGCAACGGCUGGACAAGGCGCCGCCUGCCAGUUCGUCCGGCGCCAAGAUCGUGCAACCGACUCCGCAAGCCCUUCCGCAGGCACAGCCGGGCCUCCCCACGAUAUUGGUGUCUCCUCGCCAGCGAGGGAAUCCAGUUCUCGCCUGCAUUCGAUCCAUGCCGUGGGAAUACAGCGAUAUUCCCGCCGACUACGUUCUCGGCCUGACCACGUGCGCUCUUUUCCUCAGCCUCAAGUAUCACCGCCUCCACCCGGAAUACAUCUACGGCAGAAUUCGAAACCUCCAAGGGAAAUACAAUCUGCGUGUCCUGCUCACCAUGGUUGACAUAACCAACCACGAAGACUGCCUGCGAGAGUUGUCCAAGACGUCCCUCGUCAACAAUGUCACCAUCAUCCUCUGCUGGUCGGCCGCCGAAGCAGGCCGCUACCUCGAAUUGUAUAAAUCAUACGAGAAUGCGGGUUUCGCGGCCAUCCGUGGUCAGCCGGCCUCAACCUAUGCAGAAAGACUCGUUGAGUUUGUGACUGUUCCCCGAAGUCUCAACAAGUCGGAUGCCGUAGCACUGGUCGCCAACUUUGGCAGUCUGCAAAACGCUAUCAAUGCAGAGCCAGAACAGCUCGGCUUGAUCAGUGGAUGGGGCGGCAUCAAGGUGAAGAGGUGGACCGCAGCGAUCGAGGAGCCAUUUCGGGCCAAAAAGGCCGCCAAGCGGGGGCUGCAGGCGUCCAAGCAUGCGCAAGCAGCCAGCCCUGCAAGCCUAGAUGAUACGGAACGAAUCUCCAGGGUGGAACAAGCUUUGCCGCUGUCAAGAGUUCCUCUCGGGGGCAUGCCCCCCCCAAUCAACAAGGACUCGGGGGAAUCUUGUGCUAGAGCAACACCCGAUGGGGGGACGCCGACCGGAACUGCGCCAAGGCAGUUUCGAUUCCUGGACGAGGGAGACGAUGAUGUAGAACAUGGACUUCAUGCACAAAAGGCACCUCCUACGGCUACUGUUCAGGACUCGAGUAAUGAUUUGCAGCAAACUGGAGGAUCGAUUUCCAACAUUGGCCAGACACCGCGAGUACCCAGAGCUACGGGCGCCGAAGAUGAUGAUGCGUUGAGCAGCGGCGUUGCAGAAGCGCUGGCCAAACUUCGUCAGAAGGCUUGA